GAAACCCUAAUACAACAUAUAUGUGCUGAGCAUUUUACACCGGACUCUUUCAGUAACCUAUUUCAGUUCCAGUCAACCUUUGCCACUAAACUCUGGCUCAAUGUUGGAGCCAUACCAACUCUCCGUGAGACGCCUUCAACAUCGGAGGAGGUGAGCACACCACAAAUCAGUGCAGGAAAAAGACAUGUUUCCUGCCAGACUGAUCCCCCCACCACAUGCACCGUUGGCACUCGGUUGUCUAUGAGGACAUUACAGCCACACUUCAGAACUACAGCUGUCCAGGCCUCUGUGUCCUGCAAAGACAGUUGUACAUCCACACUUCCUAGUGCAGCCACCAACCCCCUUUUAACUUCCACACCCACGAAGAGACCGGCAAAAAGACCUCGUGAGGAAAUGGAGGAGGAAGAGGAGGAUCCAUCUGAGGGCACAUCUUCAAUGGCAGAGUCACGAGGGGAGGAUGUCACCUAUGAUCCUGCAAGCUCUGUCUCACUGUCACUUUCAACAGACAUGUCUGGUGUAGUAUCAAACGCCCCGCACAAGACCAAGAAGUAUAUUGUGCAUGAGUCCUGCAUUAUGGAGCUGUUUGAGUUGUGCCCUAUUUGCAAGUGUGUGUGUGAGGUUCGGACCAAGACAAUUGGGACAUUCCUAACCGUGGACCAACUGUGUCCACAUUGUCAGUUCACCCGGCAUUGGAAGAGUCAGCCUGUUCUGGGGAGUACUCCAGCUGGGAACAUCGAACUUUCUGCAGCGGUGUACAUCAGUGGAGCAUCUUUCUUCAAACUUCAGAAGAUCUGUAAAGCUAUGCAACUGCAGGUGUUCCAAUAUGACACCUUUCGUCGACAUGCCCGUAUCUUCAUUGAGCCAGCGAUUGUACACCAGUGGACCUCUUCACAGAAUGACAUCCUACAACGUCUCAGCACGGAGGGCAAGGCCAUUGUUGGCGGUGACAUGAGGGCUGACUCUCCAGGGCACUCCGCAAAGUUUGGAAGCUACACCAUGAUGGACCUCAAAACCAACAGAGUUAUUGAUAUUCAAUUGGUUCAGAGCAACGAGGUUGGUGGAAGCUACCACAUGGAAAAAGAGGGGCUGCAGAGGAGCCUGACCUUGUUAAAUGAACGGGGUGUGACUCUGGACUGUAUUGUUACUGACCGUCAUCCACAAAUCCAGAAAUUCCUGACGGAAAGCAACAUCACCCAAUUCUUUGACGUUUGGCAUAUCGAGAAAGGAAUUUCAAAGCAACUAGACAAGUACGCCAAGAUGAAAGACUGUGAGAGGUUACGGAAGUGGAUGCGUUCAAUCAAAAAUCACAUCUACUGGACUGCAGCAUCAUCCACGACUGGACCUGAGAGGGUGGCAAAAUGGAACUCCAUCCUAAACCAUGUGCAGAAUAUCCACACACAUGAGGACCCCAUUUUCCCUAACUGCCAACAUGAACUGCACAAAACCAGGGACAAAAAGAAAUGGCUGAAAGCAGGAACACCAGAAUUCUUCAAAUUGGAGAAGGUCAUGUCGAACAAGUGAAUCCUGAAAGCUGUGGAAAAAAUCAUUCCCCACCACCAAACAUCAUCUGCGGAGGCUUUCCACAGUGUCAUCCUUCGUUUUGCACCCAAGAACAUGGUUUUUCCUUUUCUUGGAAUGCUGUGCAGACUCUACUUGGCUGUACUCUACUACAAUGAGAAUGCUGACCGACCACAAGCCAAAACUUCUGCUGGAGAACCAGUCUUCAAGGUGCACUUCCCAAAGGCCAAGAAGGGAGAGUGUGUGGCUAAACCAGUUAAGACUGAGCCAACUUUUCACUAUGUUCAGGACUUGAUGGACCUGAUCUUCGAAAAAGUCUUUGUGGACCCGGCGCCUUACAUGGAGGAGGUAAUGAAGAUUCCCAUCCCAAGAGACUUGUGAGCAGAGUAUGUGCGACCAGACAAGGAGGAGGUCAUCG